CUGAUGUGCCACCGGAUUGGGCGUCGAGAAAAGGGAUCGGUAUUUGGGGUUAUUAUUAGGAGCGAGCAUCCCAUCGCAAUAAAUAGCAUAGCACACAUCCAACACCACGCCCAAGAAGAUCACCCAGCCCAGCCCGAACCAUCCGGUAAAGGUAUGCCAGUACGGAGUACCCGUGCGAGGACCUCUCUCUCUCGCUUUCCCCAAACAAAAAAGGGAAAGGAAAAAAGAAAAUAACACCGCGCGCAUCGGGUCUCAUUCGUCCAGCGAACACGGCGCUCGGUCGAGGUUUUCGGUCACCAGCUGGAUCAGCAGUGUGCAGCUAGGGGAAAUCAUGGUUCUGAGGCUUGACGGCGGGCGCUGAAUGGACGGCCGAAAAGCUGGGCUGUCGCACACAUCACACUUUUUCCGGGCUCUGGAUAGCCAUAGGAUGGGGGGGGAUAUGGAGGUCUACAUUAUUGUCGGAACUGCUGCUUGGUGGUGGCUCUUCUUGUGCGCCCUCAAAUGAUCCCUUUGCGCUCGGGAAACAGGCUGGGAGAGAACUCUCGGACCCGAAACUUUUCUUUUGUUUGUGAUUGCGGUGAGACCUUGCGGUUCUGGCCAAGGCCCAAAGAAUAAAAUAUAAUGACGUUUUCCUGGUUGCUUGAUUGCUGGUCAGUCGGUGGAGCUGGAUGGGAAAAAAGCCGAAAAAAGCACCCAAAAGGGGGGGGGGGGGGGAAAGGGCAAACAAGCAGGACGUUUUCCUUUUUUUCUUGUUUAAACAACAAGUUUCUGAUGGGGACAGACGGUUCUCGUCCCCAAGUACCAUGCAUCGUAUAUCGUGUAUCCGCGCAAUGUCUCUGUCUCCCACGAGGACUGCUGUCUGACACGUUCAGAACUCCCCGCAGCCGUGCACCCACUCUAUCUCAUCCCAUCCCACCCGAGACGAAGGACGUGGACAAGGGCGAGGACGAGAUCUUGAUUGUGCGCUGCUUUGGUUGCAAGCAAGCAGGCAGCGUGCGUGUGUUGCAGAGGGCCGCACAAGGGCGGUACCUGUUUGACUUCGUUCUGCCUUUUUUUAUUUCUUUAUUGUCCCGUUGCAUGCACAUAACACACCUCGAUUAUGCCAGAUUGCUCCCACGGUACACAAUCACACGAUUGAAGGUGUCUCGGUUGCCAACGAGGGAGUUAUCUGAGUAGCUGAGUGAUGCUGCCAACGCCUUUCUGUCAAUCCUAGUAGCAGACGCGCGCCUGGCUCUGUCCUGUUAUCAUUUGUCUGCUCCCGAUAUCCCACUCAGUUUGCAAGCAUAAAACACACUGUCAAGAGCAUUCUCGUAGGCCAAUUGAAGUGCCCUAGGUGUCAAGAAAUGGAGGAUUACGAAGUGGAACCCCCGAACAAGAAGAAUGCCACCAUGGCCCCUGAGGACCAUGGCGAUUCGAUAUCGGAAUCCUCGCAUGGCCGCAAGGACGGUAUAUAUCCCCUCUCUACUCGGACCAGGACCAGGACAAGAACCGCUGGCGAUACUGUUAGAACCCAGGUGAGAGUAAAGAAACUCUUUAAUUUCACCCAGAUCUUCUUCUUCGCCCUUACGUUCAUGUCAAGCUGGGAGACCAUGGCAUUGUACGUUUUGCGAGCCCAGCAGCAGCCAGCCAGCCCCCUUAUCACAUUUCUCACUUCGCGGUUGUAGAUAUGUAUAUCUUGCUUGACCUGGCUGACCAAAAUUGAAUUGGCAAGGUAUCUCACAGGCUCCUUUACAAACGGUGGCCCUCGAGCUCUUUCAUGGGGUAUAAUCGUUGUUGUUUGUGGAGCUCUCGCGCAAUCUGCUUCUUUGGCGGAAAUGGCCUCAAUGCGGCCCAUUGCCGGUGCGCAAUACCACUGGACACACCAUCUGGCCCCGCCCAGUCAGAAAAGAUUCAUCACCUGGAUGCAAGGUUGGAUAACUUGGUUUGCCUGGGUGUCGCUGCUUGCCGGCGUCGCAAACACCACCGCGAACAUGCUCCAGGGGAUUGUGGCGACCAAUUACCCGGACUAUCACCCGGCAAGAUGGCAUCUGACUCUUUUUAUCUUUGCUAUGCUCAUUUUCGAGGGCUUGAUGAAUAUGUAUGCCUUUUGGGUUAUCCCCUGGAUCGAAUUGCUGGCUGGUAUUUUGCACGUAUCGCUGUUCAUUGUCUUUGUCUCUAUCCUGGUUGCGAUGGGCUCCCGACAUUCUGCAAAAUUCGUCUUUCUAGAGGGACAAUCUACUUCAGGGUGGAGUAACGGAUUCAUAUCUUGGAAUCUGGGCUUGUUGACUCCUACUUGGGGAUUCGUUGGUUUUGAUGGAGCUGUCCAUAUGAGCGAAGAAGUCCGCCGUGCGAAAAAGGCCGUGCCUAGAUCUAUGUUCUGGACCGUUGCAAUCAACGGCAUCUUUGCCUACGCCAUCAUCCUGACUAUUCUAUUCACCAUGGGUUCGAUAGAAGAGGCGCUCACCGCGGCUUCGCCCAUCAUCCAAAUUUGUCAACAAGCUACCGGGUCAACCAGUGCAGCCACGGCGAUGGUUUGUGGUCUCCUUAUCGUCUCUCUUGCUGUGAAUCUUGCCAGUAUCGCAUCGACAUCCCGUCUUACCUGGGCAUGGUCUCGCGAUGGCGGGCUUCCGGCUUGGUUUUCACAUAUCGACCGAAAACACUCCGUCCCCGUCCGCGCCGUCUGGCUCCCGAUAGUAAUUGUCAUGAUCCUCUCCUGCCUCAACAUCGCCAGCAGCGCCGCCUUCGGCGCCUUCAUCGCCCUCUCCUCCAUAGGCCUCUUUUCCUCCUACAUAAUCGCCAUUAGCUGCAUGGUGCACGCCCGAUUCCACCGGGAGAAUCUGCAAUUCGGCGACUGGACCAUGGGCCGUCUGGGACUACCCGUCAACAUCUUUGCGCUGGCAUAUACAUGUUACGUGACGAUAUGGCUACCGUUUCCGAACUACCUGCCCGUGAGCGGGGUGAAUAUGAACUACGCGCUGCCGAUAUUUGGGGCAAGCACGUUGUUUGCGCUUUCGUACUGGUUUCUUAGUGCCAGGAAGAAUUGGCGCGGGUUGAAUAAGGAGGUUAUUCGUCUGGUUGUGGAAGGGGGGGAAUUAUCGCUGAAGUGAAAGGGGAUGGAUGAUGGGAUUUGUUCCUGUUUUUGUCCCUACUGUACUGUAUCUUCCUCCGGGGAAACGGAGAUUGGAAAGGAAGAAUAUCAUGUAUCACAAUGUUUUUUAUACUUUUUCUAUAUUUUAGAUAGGCGGGUAAUUACUUAUCGGGCGGCUGCUUGGUUGUUGAUGACAGUCAUGCGCUUGUUGGGGAAAGGUGAUAUCAAAACAUGGGAGGGAGUCUACAAAUAUACUUACCCAACUACGUAACAAUAGGAAGAAGGUGGUUUUUUCUUUUUUCUUUUUUUUUUCU